AUGGAAGGCGGCGACCAAGACGUUGUCAUGGGCGGGGACGAUGGGCCGUCAAAUCACACGACUACUCCCAACGGUGUGACUGCGCCCGAAGGAGACCCCAAGAAUGAGAAUUUCACAUCUCCCGACGAUGAAGAUGAGGAUGAUUUCGACGAAUACGACGACGAUUCAGACCAGCAGGUCACGAAUCAGCUGCGCAGACGGGAGGAUCCUCGUCGGAUAGAAGAGAUCUAUAAAGCCUUCAAGAGGGCCGGCUUGGUCUACACUGGCCCAGAAAGCAAAGUUGCCGAUGUUAUGCGAGACACUCCGACCAAGUACAUGUGGAGAAUUGGUACUCGCGAGGCGACAAAAGAAGAAAUUCUUACUACUCACACUCCACUGCACUACCAUUGGGUUGAAGGUCUUUCAAAGAUGGACUACGCCGAGUUGCGGGAAACGAGCCGGCAAUAUGAUCAAGGCCGUGCCUCGCUCUACGUUGGCAGCCUUACUUUCACGGCAGCCCUCUUAUCUUGCGGCGGCGCCAUCGACACCUGCAAGCAUGUCGUGGAAGGCAACGUAAAAAAUGCCUUUGCCGUUAUCAGACCGCCCGGCCAUCACGCAGAGUACGACCAGCCCCUCGGGUUCUGCUUCUUCAACAACGUGCCCGUCGCCGUCAAGAUCUGCCAGCAAGAGUACCCGAACGAUUGUCGAAAGGUCCUCAUUUUGGACUGGGAUGUCCACCACGGCAACGGUAUCCAAAACAUCUUUUACGACGACCCGAAUGUUCUGUAUAUUUCCCUCCACGUCUACCAGAACGGAAUCUUUUACCCUGGCAAGCCUGACAAUCAAGAAAUACCCGACGGAGGCUUAGAACACUGCGGCACAGGACCCGGCCUGGGGAAGAACAUCAACAUUGGAUGGCACGACCAAGGUAUGGGAGACGGCGAGUACAUGGCGGCUUUCCAAAAAAUCAUCAUGCCCAUUGCGAAAGAGUUCAAUCCUGACUUGGUUGUUAUCUCCGCCGGAUUUGACGCCGCUGCUGGAGAUGAGCUUGGCGGCUGCUUUGUGACUCCAACCUGCUAUGCGCACAUGACGCAUAUGCUCAUGUCCUUGGCGGAUGGCAAGGUUGCCGUGUGCCUGGAGGGUGGCUACAACUUGCAGGCUAUCUCGACGUCGGCUGUGGCUGUUGCUCGCACGUUGAUGGGGGAACCGCCACCGAAAAUGGAGAUUCCCAUGCUUAAUAAGGACGCGGCCAGAGUUCUUGCUAAAGUCCAGAGCUACCAGGCGCCGUACUGGGAAUGCAUGAGACCUGGUAUUGUCCCAGUGCCGGAUAUCCAAGACCUCAAUGCGACUAGACUUCAUGAUCACAUCAGACUCGGCCAGCGGCAGAAUCUCGCACAACGUCACCAGAUGAUUCCCCUCUUCAUCCAGAGGGAUCUGCUUUUCAAAUCAUACGAAAACCAGGUCCUUGUAACCCCCGACAUUCCAAGUGCGCGUCGUAUUCUUGUCAUCAUCCACGACCCACCAGAGUUGCUCGCGCAACCAGAUGUGAUUGACCGCCAUAUCGAACCUCACAACGCAUGGGUUGUCGACACUGUAGCACAGUACAUUGACUGGGCUGUUCACGAAGGCAUCGCAGUAAUGGACGUCAACGUCCCCAGCAAAGUAUCACGGGAUGAAGACAUGGACCCGUACAGCCCUCGAACAGCAGACAAGGAUCUACUAAACGAGCUCCAAGAGCUGGCGAACUAUCUAUGGGACAACUACCUCCAGCUCUAUGAGGAAGCCGACGAUAUACUCCUUAUUGGUGUCGGUCGGUCGUACAGUGGGGUUAGGGCACUUUUGACAGGCCGAGACUGCAAAGCGCGUGUUGCCGGAGUUGCAUGCUUCGUCGAGGGGAUGCUGCGACCAGUCAAAUCCGAUGUCGACAAUGAACUGGCAACGUGGUACAAGGGGCACUCUCAGAUCUACGUAUCGCACGACCACCCGUGCUGGAAUAGUGAGGAUACACUGCGCAGAGUGACUAAACGGCGAUUUGGAACAGUCAUUCGCAGCGAGGCCAACGGCGUGCAGAAGAUGAUGCAAACGCAUGCUGGAGAGGUCCAGAAAUGGAUGCUGGAGAUGCUGGCGGCUCGCCAGAACGGAGAUACCACCGAAGACGACAAGAUGACUUGA